AACACUGAUAAAAUCUAUCAACCCUCCGCCAAACCAUCAGAAGAUCGAAUUCAUCAAAAAUGAUAGGAUGGAGAGAUAUUUACAACGUCUUCCAAGCUAUGCUCCCCCUCUACUUCUCCCUCUCCCUCGGCUACGGCUCCGUCCGGUGGUGGCGCAUUUUCACUCCCGAGCAGUGCGUAGCCGUUAACAAACUCGUCGCCUACUUCACCCUUCCCUUCUUCACCCUAAACUUCGCCCUCCACGUCGAUCCUUUCUCCAUGAACUACCGCUUCAUCACCGCCGACGCGAUUUCCAAACUGCUUAUUCUCUUCGUCAUCGCCGUUUGGGUGAAGUUCAGAGGCGAGGAGGGAGGAAGCUGCUACUGCUGGUCGAUAACGACUUUCUCGUUGAGCACGUUGACGAACGCGCUGGUGGUCGGGGUGCCGCUGGUUGACGCCAUGUAUGGGAAGUGGGCGGAGGAGCUGGUGGUGCAGCUGUCGGUGGUGCAGGCGAUUGUGUGGCUGACUGUGCUGCUGUUCUUGCUGGAGUUGAGGAAGGCGUGGAGUGGCUUGCCGGAGGGAGGCGGCGAUCUGGCAGAGCAAGGGAGGAAGGAGGAGGAGGGGAGUUUGAGGCCUUCGUAUGGGGAGUUGAUGAAGGUGGUUUGGCUGAAGCUGGCGUGGCACUUUGAUUUGCCGUUCAUCAUAGAAGGAUCGGUGCUAAUCAUGUCCAAGGCUGGUGCAGGAAUGGCAAUGUUUAGCAUGGGGCUGUUCAUGGCCCAGCAAGAGAAGAUCAUCGCUUGUGGGCCGAGCUUGACCAUUUUUGCAUUGGUACUACGAUUUGUUGCUGGGCCGGCUGCCAUGGCAAUUGGAUCUAUAGUUAUGGGCCUCCAUGGUGACAUUCUACGAGUUGCAAUAAUACAGGCAGCCAUUCCUCAAUCUAUAACCUCAUUUAUUUUUGCAAGGGAGUAUGGGCUGCAUGCUGAGGUUUUGAGCACUGCGGUCAUCUUUGGGAUGUUGGUUGCCUUACCAAUACUUGUUGCAUAUUAUAUAAUUUUAGGGUUUCUAAAUUAAUUUGGAAGGAAAAUUAAUUGAGAUGCCUUAUUUUUCUUAAAUAUACUUUGUUUUAAUAAGGCAUUUUGAAUCCCAAAGGGGGGAAAUAUGAUCAUGUUAUCCAUGAUCAUUCCUCUAUGGAUGAUUCAACAAAAGGAUUAUUGUAAGCUCUAUUAUUUCCUUUAUUGCAUAUUACAAUAUUGAGCUAAGAAACUCUUGUAAUUGUACUUUCAUAAGUUAAUUCUCAAUUAUAUUAUAUGGUUUUUUUUA